AUGGCUUCAACAAGAGGAGAAAUUGACUCUGCAGAGGCUGCGGAAAAACUCGAAACAUUAUUUACGUUAAGCUCUAUGUCUACUACCAGUAUUGAAGAGAUAAUCUCUGAAGUUCCAAACGGUUUGAAAUGGUUUCAACUUUACGUUUUCAAAGAUAGAGCCGUGACGAAACGAUUGGUUGAAAGAGCAGAAAAGAAUGGUUUUUCAGCUCUUGUUUUGACUGUCGAUUUGCCUGUACUCGGCCUUAGAUAUGCUGAUGUUAGAAAUAAAUUUUCUCUGCCACCAAAUUUAUCCCUAAAAAAUUUUGAAAUUGAAGCAUUUGGAGAAAAUUACAAAGUUAGUGGCAAUAAAGAAUCUGGAAUGGCAGAAUUUGCUAAUAAUAUAUAUGAUUCUACUCUCAGCUGGAAGGAUUAUGAUUGGUUAAAAUCAAUUUCAAAUCUACCAAUCAUACUCAAAGGAAUAAUAAGCACAGAAAUGGCACUAGAGGCAGUAGAACAUGGCGUGGAUGGAAUCAUUGUGUCAAAUCAUGGAGGCAGGCAAUUAGAUGGAGUCUCUGCUUCAAUAAAUGUCCUUCCUAAUAUUGUGAAAAUUGUAAACAAUAAAUGUGAAGUAUAUUUUGACUGUGGGAUUAGGAAUGGAGGAGACGUAGCGAAAGCUAUUGCACUCGGAGCGAAAGCAGUGUUUAUAGGACGUUCUGUGAUUUGGGGGCUUGCUUGUGGUGGGGUGCAUGGAGUCAAAAAAGUUCUAGAAAUAUUGAGAGAUGAAUUUGAAUUGACGAUGAAGCUACUUGGAGUCACCUCUAUACAUGAACUUCAAACUGUUCCCAAUUUAGUAAUCCACGAGUCGAAAAUAUUUUCAAAUCUUUAA